ACGAAACUUGAAGAAACGAAAGUCAUGGUGAAGAGCGAUUAUAACAUACGAAAAUAGAAAGCAAAAAAAGUUGCCAGGCAAAAACGAAAAAUGAUAAUUUUUUAAAGGAGCAACUAACUUCACUCCUAUUAACAAAUGUCAAAAUAUAAAUAAAUUCGAGGAAGUUUCAAAAAUAAAUGUAAUUUGCAUAAAUUCUAUAAAAUGAUUUUUCACUGCGAAUAUUUCCUUGAAAGCGAAGAUGAAUCCCAAACUAACGAAGAAGAGGAAAUGCGUAUAAAAAGAAGAGUUUUAAGAGAUUCAUCGAACCCAAUGAGCCUUCCAAGUUCAACGUUCAAGCUUCUUUAUCGUUUGAACAAGGACGCAUUCAAAUAUGUAUUAGAAGAGAUCGAUCCUCACCUUCCAAGUUUCAAAUCUACAUACAUACCAAAUGUAUUGAAAUUAGCUGGAACACUUCGGUUUCUGGCCGAGGGUGGUUACCAAAGAGGAACCGGACAGGACUUCCUUGUUGGUAUGGCACAACCAACUUUGUCGGUCACCCUCUCAAAAAUAUUGACAGUCAUGGAAAAUGUUCUUUGCCCAAAGUUUAUAUCCUUUUUAUCGACGGAAGAAGAAAAGACUGCAAGCAAACAACAUUUUUAUGAAAAAUUUGGUUUUCCUGGCAUUAUCGGUUGUGUAGAUGGAACGCACAUCAAAAUUAUAAGACCAGCAGUAAAUGAGCAUCUUUACUUCAAUAGGAAAGGUGACCACAGUAUCAACGCAAUGAUCGUAAGUAUCUACCACCUAUUCCAAUUUUGCGCACUUAACAAAACAAAAACCAACCAAACCAAAACAAAAAAUAAAUGACAUUUGACAUCUACCCCCAAAACGAAAGCUGAACGAGAGCUGAAGGCACUCGUAAAUAAAAAUACGAGUAUAGUCAUUUUUACGAUUCUCGUUUUUCUUAAUCGCAAUUUGACGAUUUAGUGCCACUACAAUCGUUUUUUCUAAUCGCAAUUUAACGAAUAAGCGUUAUUUUGAACGAUUUUCG